AUGAGCGAUGAUGUAGAACGCCCAGCAAAGAGGCAGCGUUUCUUCACGGAUGCAUCUUCGCCUUUACCCAAACCAGAUCUAGACGCGUCCCUGCCCUGCCCAGAACACGAAUAUCGCGCGGAUCAUGGCGCCGCGCUCGAGAUUCCGCCACAUCGCAUCCCAGACAGCUCUCCUCGCUUGGAACACGAAAAAGAACAGCCGCAUACACUAGUUCAAACGACAGAAAGCCUAGGGCUACAUAAUGCGGACGCUGCGUCUACUCCUUUUUCACGCCAGAAUGGAGUAGACCAACAAAUCGAGGAUGUGACCAUCAAUACCACCACAGCAGCCACAAAUGCAGAUGGCUUCGAUGUCGACCUUUUCACCAGUAUCGUGGGAGAGCAACUACCAGCUGAUUCAAUCAGAACCAUUCAAUCGGCUGCUUCCAAUAAUAUCGAACGAGCUGUUAACAUAUACUUUGAUGGAUCAUGGAAGAAGCCUGCACGUAUAAAUGGCAGCGUUCCGGCCAGAAGCCGGAUAGGCGCUCAAGGAGCACAGCCUAGCCUUGAAAUGCAAAUUGAAAGUGAAUCGGUACUCCGACACCAGCCACCACCAGCAAGAUAUGUUGGCGCAUUUGGUGUGGGAGGAUGGGCAACGCGAAGUGGCUUGGGAUUUCUCAAGCAUGGAGACCCGGUCAACAUCGAACGCGCACGCUCCCAGCCAGCAAUGAAACGUGGCCGAGGAGGCAAAGCAUUUGUCAAUCACAAAAGUGAUGUUCUGACUCGAUUCACGAACACUUCCGGGCAAGAAAUCGGAAGGCUACCACAUGAGACCGCUGAAUGGGUUUCUACGCUGAUUGAUCAGAAGAUAUGUCGGUUUGAAGGUGUCUGUGUGUUUGUACCUGACAGAGUGCGAGUCAACGAUACCAUAUAUUUACAACUCCGAGUCUACUUGCGAAAGGAAGCCUUCCAAAGCGGGGCGCUCGCUGCUUUAAACGCCAAUGACAACAGGUCCACUGGACUGUUCGAAGAGAAGGAGAGCACCGAGGAGAAGAACCUGCGACUACGUCAAGUCGGUCUAGUGAAAUUAUUCCACGAAAUCAAUCUUCAUCCCACCUCGACCAACCCGACUACGGAAAAGCACAAAAGAGAGGGCAUUCUCCGUGCUGCUGAGAUUGCAGAGCAAUACGACAGCACGAAGAAGGAAAAGGAUAAAUCCAAAUCCAACAAGGAUUCCAACGAUUCGUCGGGCGAAGACGACAGUGAGGAACUGGAAAAAGAUCAGCUCGAUACACUCUAUCAAAAGGCUCAAUCAUUUGACUUCAACAUGCCAGCGGCAGAUCCAGCACCGAGCUUUGCCCUUGAUCUGCGCAAGUACCAGCAGCAAGCUCUUCAUUGGCUACUUUCAAAAGAGAAAGAUUCGAAGCAAGUUCGAGAGAAGUCCAUGCAUCCAUUGUGGGAGGAAUAUACUUGGCCCAGAAAGGAUGUUGACGACAAAGAUUUACCGCAAGUUAAAAGCAUUGACCAUUUCUAUGUCAACCCGUAUUCGGGAGACCUCAGUGUUGAUUUUCCUGCUCAAGAGCAACACUGCCGCGGAGGAAUUCUGGCCGAUGAAAUGGGUCUGGGUAAGACCAUCGAGAUGCUCAGUCUGGUUCAUUCGCACAGAAUCGAGCCUGAUCCACAGGUCUUGAAUGGUCUCAGCUCAGUGAAUGACCUUGCCAGGAUGCCGAACUCUUCUGGGGUAGUGCCUGCGCCGUAUACUACUCUAGUCGUCGCCCCGACAUCUUUGAUCUCUCAGUGGGAAAGCGAAGCGCUGAAAGCCGGGACGUUGAGAGUUCUUGUUUAUUAUGGGUCGGACAAGGCUGUCAACUUGAGAGAUUUAUGCUGCGAAUCCAAAUAUGCAACAGCUCCACAGGUUAUUGUGACCAGUUACGGCGUGGUAUUGUCAGAAUUCCGCCAACUCGCCCUCCAGUCUGCUCUGGGACCCAGUACAAAUGGGGGUCUCUUCUCUGUGGAAUUCUUCCGAGUGAUUCUUGAUGAAGCUCAUGUGAUCAAGAACCGCCGUUCAAAGUCUGCUAAAGCAUGCUAUGAGUUAAAAGCAGCCCAUCGGUGGGCACUGACUGGCACACCCAUUGUCAAUCGCCUUGAGGACCUCUUCAGUCUAGUCCGUUUCCUCAAAGUUGAGCCAUGGAGCAAUUUCUCCUUCUGGAAGACGUUUAUCACUGUCCCCUUUGAAUCCAAAGAAUAUGUGCGUGCCCUGAACGUCGUGCAAAGUGUACUCGAACCUCUUGUUCUUCGGCGGACGAAAUCGAUGAAAACCCCAGAGGGUGAGCCAUUGGUUCCUUUGCCCAAAAAGACGGUCAUUAUUGAGGAAGUGGAGCUGCCGAAGCAAGAACGAGAAAUUUACGACUGUAUAUUCACCCGAGCGAAACGAACUUACAACGACAAUGUCUCAGCUGGCACACUGUUGAAGUCUUACAGCACAAUCUUUGCCCAGAUUCUCCGUCUUCGUCAGACCUGCUGCCACCCCAUAAUGACACGCAACAAAGACAUCGUUGCAGAAGAAGAGAUCGCAGCGGUAGCAGCUAAUGCAACCAAUGAAUUUCAAGAUGACAUGGAUCUUCAAGAAUUGAUCAACCAAUUCACAAGAGAAAACGCGAACGCCGAAUCUCAAGAUACCCCUGGGACAAUGGUCAAGUUCACUGCCCAUGCCCUUCGGCAGAUCCAAACCGAGUCCAGCGGCGAAUGCCCUAUUUGUUGUGAAGAGCCUAUGGUCGAUCCAGCAGUAACAGCUUGUUGGCACAGCGCAUGUAAGAAAUGCCUCGAAGACUUCUUACAACACCAAAUGAACAAGGGCGUCGAGGCACGGUGUUUCAACUGCCGUGCUCCAGUCGACGGAAAGAAUACCUUCGAAGUAGUACGACAUCCGUCCUCGAAUUCAAUGUCUUUUGGAGACGAAGCUGUAAAUAGCACGCCACCAACCAGUUCUCAACCUGCCCCACGAAUCUCCCUCCGCCGCAUACACCCCCUCUCUCCAUCCGCUCACACUUCGGCCAAGAUCCACGCACUUAUCAAUCACCUUGGACGCAUCCCUGCAAAUACCAAAUCCGUUGUCUUUUCCCAAUUUACCUCCUUCCUGGACCUGAUCGGCCCACAACUUUCCCGAGUUGGAAUCUCGUAUCUCCGCCUCGAUGGCUCAAUGCCCCAAAAGGCCCGUGCCGCUGUUCUCACCGAGUUUACAAAAGCAGAGAGCUUUACCGACGAUGACAUCGUCGACAUGGAUGAUACCCCAGGGAGAAGUGACCCUACAAAGACUAGCGCUCCCACGCCCUCGGCACCAGCCCCUACAGUCCUGCUCAUCUCCCUGCGUGCGGGCGGCGUAGGCCUUAACCUCACAACCGCAAGCAAUGUCUUCCUGAUGGAUCCGUGGUGGAGUUUCGCAAUCGAAGCACAAGCCAUCGACCGCGUCCAUCGAAUGGGCCAGACACGCGAUGUCAAUGUGACUCGAUUCGUAGUCAAAGAUUCCAUCGAAGGCCGCAUGCUGCGUGUGCAAGAGCGUAAAAUGAAUAUCGCUGGCUCGCUGGGUUUGAAAAUUGGCGGUGAUGAUGGUGAUUCUGAUAAGGGGAAGGAGAGACUUGAGGAGUUGAAAAUGCUGUUCGAGUAA